AUGGGUAUUUCAUUGCAAGAAGCUGUUAGGAAAAAUGAAAGAAUCAGUAAUAAGGAAUCAACUGACCUGAGAAGGGCUAAAGGAAUAUAUCAUUGCCAUGACAAUUCAAGAGCCUACGAGGAAAGGCAACGAGAACAAUGCCAAGCAAAAAGACGUCUGUCCAUUGCAUUAGUAGUUUGCCUUGCCCUUAUGAUUGGUGAGAUUGCUGGUGGAUAUUUUGCCGGCAGCCUUGCAGUAAUGACUGAUGCUGCUCAUCUUUUGGUGGAUUUCAGUAAUUUCCUUAUUAGUCUGUUUUCACUGUGGUUGACAUCAAAGCCUUCCACAAAGAAGCUCACUUUUGGAUGGUACAGAGCAGAAAUUCUUGGUGCUUUGUUGUCAGUUAUUUCUAUCUGGGUAGUAACUGGAGUACUUGUAUACAUGGCUUGCCAACGACUAGUACGCUCUGACUAUGACAUCAAUGGAGUGGCCAUGCUCAUUACAUCAGGAUGUGCAGUAUUAGCCAAUGUAGUCCUGGGAUUCACUCUGUAUGAGAAUAAUCAUGGCCACAGUCAUGGGCACAUAAACAACCAUGUCGCUUCAUCUGCAGAGCCUGGUCCCCAUCAACGGAGCAAUGCUACUGUUCGGGCAGCUUUUGUCCACGUGGUUGGAGAUCUUUUGCAAAGCAUCAGUGUACUAAUCAGUGCACUUAUUGUCUUCUUUAAGCCUGAAUACAAAAUUGCUGAUCCAAUCUGCACAUUUAUUUUUUCUGUGUUUGUAUUGGCAACAACAACUACUAUUUUACAGGAUAUUUUGCUGACCUUGAUGGAAGGUACCCCAAAUGGAAUCAGUUACAACACAAUGAAGGAAAGGAUCAUUAGUGUUGAUGGAGUGAUAGCCAUUCACAGUCUAAAUGUUUGGGCUCUCACAAUAAAUCAAGCUGUUCUGACAGUCCAUGCUGUUAUAGCAGACACCGUGGACUCUCAGCGAGUUCUGAAAGAAAUUACUCAAGCGUUUUCUGAGAAAUAUAACUUUUAUUCAGUGACUAUUCAACUUGAGCAACAAUCAGACCAGAAACCUGAGUGCAUCUUUUGUCAAGAACCAAGACAAUAAAAUGAAUAAAACAAAGACAAUCUUAAUGUUCAAGCAAGAUUGCACUAUUAUAUGAAGUAAUACAGUGAUACAUAUGAAUGGUUGCCGUAGGUACCAGAGUUCAAUGCAAUUAUCCAUUUAGAAAGUUUUACAGAAUGAAGUGGGAUAAAAAACAUAUGACUAAAUAACAUGUGUAGGAUAGCUGCAUUCGGAAUAUAAUGCACUUUUUGUCUUUUAAAACAACACUUUUACAAAGUCAUAAAAACAAUGCUUUGAAAUGAAUUUCUUGCUAUCAGUGGGUUAAAGGUCAUUUUAUAAAUGAUGGCAAUAAACAGGCAGAUAAUGAAAAAGGCAUAGUAGACUUGCUAAAUAAUUUUUCAUUUGCUGCUAUGCAGUGGAA